GCUCCGGGUGUCAGCUGAUCCUCCUUCACUGUGGAGGAAAAGCUGCUGAAGGAAAACACUGCUGGAUAAAAACCAUGGCUGCCGAGAUUCACUCGAGGCCCCAGACCGCCAGACCGGUUCUUCUGAACAAAAUCGAGGGCCACUCGGACACUGUCAACUCGGCCGUUUUGAUACCCAAAGAGGAUGGAGUCAUCACGGUCAGCGAGGACAGAACCAUUCGAGUGUGGCUGAAAAGAGACAGCGGUCAGUACUGGCCAAGCAUCUACCACACCAUCUCCUCUCCGUGCUCCUGCAUGUCCUACCACCAUGACAGCCGGCGCAUCUUCAUCGGCCAGGACAAUGGAGCCGUUGUGGAGUUUCUCAUCUCUGAAGACUUCAACAAGAUGAGUCACGUCAAAACAUAUCCCGCCCAUCAGAACCGUGUGUCCGACAUGGUGUUCUCCCUGGAGAGUCAGUGGGUGGUGAGCACCGGACACGACAAGAGUGUGAGCUGGAUGUGCACCCAGAGCGGCAGCAUGCUGGGGAGGCACUACUUCACCGCCUGGGCCUCCUGCCUCCAAUACGACCACGAGACGCAGCACGCCUUCAUCGGCGAUUACUCGGGUACGAUCACGCUGCUGAAGCUGGAGAAGCAGACGUACUCCACCAUCACCACACUGAAGGGCCACGAAGGCAGCAUAGCCACUCUGUGGUGGGACCCGGUGCAGAGGCUGCUGUUCUCGGGGGCCUCGGACCACAGCGUCAUCAUGUGGGACAUCGGGGGCCGCAAGGGACGGACGCUACUGCUGCAGGGACACCACGAGCGCGUGCAGUCGCUGCGUUACCUGCAGCUGACCCGGCAGCUGGUGUCGUGCUCGGCUGACGGAGGCAUGGCGGUGUGGAACAUGGACACCCAGAGAGAAGAGGCGCCGCAGUGGUUGGACAGCGACUCGUGUCAGAAGUGUGAGCAGCCGUUCUUCUGGAACAUCAAGCAGAUGUGGGACACUAAGACCAUGGGGCUCCGGCAGCACCACUGCAGGAAGUGCGGCAAGGCAGUGUGUGGGAAAUGUAGUUCCAAACGCACCACGUUUCCCAUCAUGGGCUUCGAGUUCCCGGUGCGGGUGUGCGACGCCUGCUUCGACACCAUCAAAGAAGAAGAUCGAACACCGUUGGCCACGUUCCACGAGGGGAAGCACAACAUCGCCCACAUGGACAUGGACCCGUCCAGAGGCCUGAUGGUGACGUGUGGGAGCGACCGCAUCGUCAAGAUCUGGGAUGUGACGCAGGUGGUUGGCUGUAGCUUAGCAACAGGCUUCUCUUCGCGCUGAUUGGCCAACAAAACCCCACCAAGCCCCGCCCACUCUCCCAGUGUCAUGGAAACCCCUCUGUACAGCCACAUCAGCCCCAGGAACCUGCAGCUGCAACCAGGCAUGCUGUUGGUGUGUGUGUGUGUGUGUGUGUGUGUGUGUGUGUGUGUGUGUGUGUGUGUGUGUGUGUGUGUGUGUGUGUGUGUGUGUGUGUGUGUGUGUGUGUGUGUGUGUGUGUGUGUGUGUGUGUGUGUGUGUGUGUGUGUGUGUGUGUGUGUGUGCGUGUGUGUGUGUGGCACAGCCCUACACAUUCCUAAAGCUUCUCAAACACCUAAUUUCACUCAUUUUCGGUCCUACGCGACAGCGAGUGCGAUGCAUUUUUGGACUUUUUGCUCUAACCCGAAGCACAAUUGUGUGUGUGUGUGUGUGUGUGUGUGUGUGUGUGUGUGUGUGUGUGUGUGUGUGUGGUUGCAUGCAUCGUAAUUCUUUCUCCUAUGGGAGGAAUGGUAUUGAUAUUAGUGUUUACAUUAUAUUAAUAUUUCCGAUGCUUCUUUUGACAGUUGUUUUUUUGUUACCCUUGCACUGUAAAGAUAACUAACGCAUACACCUGCUCGCUCAUUACUGUGGCCCACACUUACUGCGUAUUGCUCAGUGUAACAUGUAAACAAAUCAACAUGAUCGUGUGUACAUAGCCCUGCCUCGUGUGUAUAGUGGAUAGCUGCUUCUCGCUGAUCAGAAAUAAUCAGCUUCUCCUCUUCUCUGUUUCCUUUCACUCGUUGGCCUUAAAUCACUCUCAGGAGGUUUUACAUCAGUGGGUUGUCUUCAUGUAAACAUUGGUAAUGUGUAAACACUCAGUGGAGGAAAGGAGAUCAAUCUUACAGCCUCUCUCUUUCUAUAUAUAUAAUGGAAGUCUCCUCAGACACUGCUGCAGAAAUUAGAUUGACCCGUCAGAUGUUUGCAAGACAUCUCUUCCAGGAGAGGCGUGGGGAAUUUCAGAUCAACGUUUGAUCAGUGUGACUUUUGGUUAUUGUUUUCCGCUUCACCUCCUCUUACAGUUACACAAAACAACGUGGGACACUUUCUGUGUCUAUCAUGCAUUAUAUUCACACUUACAGCACUGAAAAAGCCACUAUCAUACUGGUUUUUAACAAAUACAACCCAUCAAAAAGCACCGUAUAAUGACUUCUGAGGUAAAGCAUCAUAAUAACUUCAGACUUUAUAGGAACGCCACGUCUGUAAUCCAUUCAGAAGGAAGUGUAACGCAUUUAUAAGGUUUAUAAAGUUUGUUUAAAGGUCUGUAAUGCAUUCACCUGUAAGCCAAAGUGACAACAGAGGGUAUAUUAAAAUGGCGUUAUGAAAGCCGUACAAUAUGUCCACCAGGUAUUCUACUUUAUAACAUCGUGCAUGAUUUAAGAAGCCUCUUAUGAAGCCUUUUAAAGUCUUUAUAACGCCUUGCAUAAUUCAAAAGGCCUUUUAAACGCCGUAUAACGUCUUUUAUAUGUGCUUUUACUGCAAGAGUAACUGAUAUUUAUUAUUUAAUUACCUUAAAAUAACUUAUAAUCACAGUAUUACGCAUUUUAACUUGAAAUAUAUCGCAACAAUGGGAAUUAUAAUACACGAUAACAUCAUGAAUCAGAAUUAUGAUACUUUAUAAGUCAUUUUAAAAUGCCUGUAAUUGUUAUUUAGCAUCGUGAAUACAACUAGCUGUAGUCUUUCAGUGCUAUAAGUGUGUUUAUAUCGUGUCACACGGCCUCCGUAAGAUACAUUUUCACCUGUUGCUUUAAAAAUAUAUAUAAAUAUUGCACGUUUUUUUGGCGCAAACUCUGUUUUCUCCCCUCAAAAAGGCACUUGGGUACUCUCGUAGCACUAACUCCUCUUCAGGGUGUUCCUUCAGAAAGCCUUAAACUCCCUGAGCGUUCCCUCCUUCCCUCUCAGAACGCUUUAUGUCUCCUCCCGUCCUUUUACUUCCUCACACGUCUCCUCUCUCGCUCUCACCACUGCACUGAAUUGCACAACUCGUGGUCUUUUCUGUCGUCCCAUUCAACUCUUAAAUUCAGAUUUCGGGAUGUGGGUAAUAGCUGGAUUUCGAUGUAGCGUCCCUGUAAAUAGCGGCUCCUAGUCUUAGACUAACGCUUGCCUUAUUGUAAGUGUGUGUGUGUGGGGGGGGAAUUAAAAUAGCAUUAAUAUGUUGAUUUGAAAAUGUAUGUAGUCACAUUCCAGGUUUUGGAUCAUGUAGUGUGUAUUUAUAUUUGUAGUAAAGUAUUUAUCUAUUAUUGUGAA